AUGACGGCGCCGGACUCCAUCGCGGAGGUGGAGGCCAUCUGCCAGGCCCUGUACACCGCGCACCAGCCCGCCGAGCGCGCGAAGGCGGAAAAUGCCGUGGCGUACUUCACGAGCAGCGUGGACGCCAUCCCCGAUUCGCAAAAGGUGUUGGAGCAGUCGUCUUCGCCCUACGCGCAACACAUGGCCGCGAGCGCGAUCCUGCAGCUGAUCACGGAGGUCCCGAUCUCGCCACAGGGCAAGCUGGAGCUGCGCGGCUGGGCGCUGUCGCUGCUGUACAACAAGGGCCCCACGCUGGAGGCGUUCGUGCUCACGUCCCUCCUGCGGCUCCUCGCGCGGGUCCGGAAACUCGGCUGGUUUGAAGACGACCAGCACCGCAAGAUCGUCGACGAUGCGCGGAAGUUCAAGGUCGGCGGCACCGAGGCGCACGCGGGGCUGGCGCUGCGCAUGCUGGCCACCACGGUCAACGAAUUCAACCAACCGACACCGAACCAGACAAUCCGGGACCACCGCAAGACCGCCGUCAGCAUGCGCGACAACGGACUGCUGGCGGUGUUCCAGCUCGCGGUGGAGAUGCUUCAGAGCGGGCGGCAGGCCGCGGGCCGGGGGCCGCUGUCGUCCCAGGAGAAAGAGGCGCUGCUCCUGUGUCAGGCCUGUCUGUCGUACGACUUCGUGUGCACCUCGAUGGACGAGUCGACCGAGGACCUGGGCACCAUCCAGAUUCCGUCGUCGUGGCGGUCGACUGUCGAGGAUGCGACUCUGAUCGAGACCCUCCUGGUGGUGUACCACGUCACUACGCCCCCCGAGUCCAACACCGCCCUCGACUGCCUCGUGCGCCUGGCGUCGGUCCGGAGAUCUCUGUUCACCGGGGAGACGGAGCGAAUCGAGUUCCUGCGCACUCUGGUGGAGGGCACGCUGAGCAUCCUUCGUUCCCGACAGGGGCUCCAGGAACACCCCAACUACCACGAAUUCUGCCGGUUGCUGGGUCGCCUGCGCACCAACUUCCAGCUCUCGGAGGUGGUCUCGCUGGCGUGCUACUCGGACUGGAUCGUCCUGGUCGCCGACCUGACCAUUGGCUCCCUCAACUCCUGGCUCUGGGUGUCCACCAGCGUGUACUACCUCCUCGGACUCUGGUCCCGCUUUAUCGCGUCAGUGCCGUACCUGAAGGGCGACAAGCCCGCGCAGCUGGACACACACACCCCCAACAUCAUCCGCGCGUAUGUCACGUCGCGCCUGGAGAGCGUCCAGGCCGUGCUGCAGAACCCGAGCAUCGACAACCCGCUCGAUGACAACGAGCAGGUCCAGGACCAAAUGGAGGCCUUUGCGGUGAUCUGCCGCUACCAGUACGAGCAGACCGCCAUGUACAUCACCAGCACCUUCCAGCCCCUCGCGCAGCGGUUCGCCGGCAUGGCCUCGCAGCCCCUCCCAGACGCGGACGCCACGCUGCUGGAGGGCCAGCUGACGUGGCUCGUGCACAUCAUCGGCAGCGUGGUGCGCGGCCGCCAGCCCGCAGCCGUCGCGGAGUCCCAGGAGUCGAUCGACGGGGAACUGGCGUCGCAGGUGUUUGGGGUGCUCAAGGUGUGCGACACGGGGUACCACGCGCAGCGCGCGGCGGCCCCCUCGCGCCACCGCCUCGAGCGCGCGCUGAUGUCCUUCUUCCAGGCCUUCCGGAAGGUGUACGUCGGGGAGCAGGCCAUGCAGGCCUCCAAGGUGUUCCGGAGCCUGGGAGAACGCGUGGGGCUCACGAGCCACGAGGCGGUGCUCGCGGCGAUCGUCGCGAAGAUCGGCAGCAACCUCCGCGUGUACGGGGCGGCGGAGGCGGUCGUGCAGGACACCCUGGAGCUAUUCCGGGACCUGUCCGACGGGUACAUGUCCGGCAAGCUGCUCCUGAAGCUCGACAGCGUGACGUUCAUGCUGCAGAACCACUCACAGGAGCACUUUGGAUUCCUCGGCGAGCCCGGCAACGCCCGGAACCGCACGAUGUACUACGCAACGCUCGCGCGGCUGCUCUUCACGGAGGACUCCCCGAAGAAGUUCCGGCAAUUCGUGCGGCCGUUCCAACAGCUCCUGGGAGCGCUGCAGCAGACCUCCGCAGGGGGUGACGGGCAGCUACGACAGGCCGUGCCGGCGCAAUCGAUCUCUGGGCUGUUUCGAGACCUACGUGGUAUCGUGCAGGCCACCUCAUCUGCGCGGACGUACCUGCAGAUAUUCGAGUGGCUGUACCCGCAGCACUUCCCGACGAUCAUGGCCUGUCUCAAGGCCUUCGCGGGGCAGCCCGAGGCCGCCGUCCCGCUGCUCAAGUUCAUCGCGGAGUUCGCCCUGAACAAGACACAGCGCCUGUCGUUCGACUCGUCCUCGCCGAACGGGAUCCUGCUGUUCAGGGAGGUGUCGCGCGCGGUCGUCAUCUACGGGACGCACGUCCUGUCGCUGCCUCCGCCCGCGGAUAUCUACCAGGGGCGCUACAAGGGCACGUGGGUGGCGCUCCUGGCCCUCACGCGCGCCCUCGGCGGCAACUACGUCAACUUCGGGGUGUUUGAGCUGUACAACGACCCGGCGCUCAAGGACGCGCUCGCCGUGGCGUUCAAGCUGGCGCUGGCCAUACCUCUGCGCGACGUUCUCGCAUACAACAAGCUCGCGAAGACGUUCUUCGCGUUCAUCGAGGUGCUGUGCCACAAGCACACGCGGGUGGUGGCCGGACAGGACUCGGUGACGUUCCAGUUCGUGAUGGCCGCGCUGCAGAUGGGCCUGCAGAGCCUCGACGUGUACAUCAGCUCGCAGAGCGCCGCAGCGCUGGACAACCUUACGUCGUUCUACUUCAAAGCCGUCAGCAAGAACGACCCGGAGGACCCCAGGCCAACACCCCCGGAAGCCCAGCAGCUUUGCCGGCGUUUCGAGGAGCACCCGGACCUGAUUCCGAGUCUCAUCCGCAUCCUGAUGGAGUCGAUCAUGUUCCGCGACGUGUCAAACCAGUGGGCGCUGUCCCGGCCGCUGCUCCCGCUCAUCCUCAUCAACGGACAGGCCUACCAGGAGGUGCGCUCGCAGCUCCUGCAGCAGCAGGUCCAGCAGCGGCGCGCGGUGCUCUCCGACGCCCUGGAGCGCCUCACUGCGGACGUGCAGCAGAACCUGGACCACAAGAACCGCGACAGGUUCACGCAGAACAUCACCUGUUUGUUGCACAACAUGCGGGUGCAGCGGCUUGCGGCCGCGCAGCAGCCAGUUGGGUCGCACCCAUAG